CAUACAAGAAAAAAACAAUGGAACCCAAAAAGAUACCAACAAAGCUCAAAAGAAAAAAGGAAAGCAGCUGAAGCAGCUUAGUUGAAAAUCCAAGGAUAAAACCCUUCCACACCUUCUACAAAAACCCCCCCCAAAGUGAUUGAGAUUUUAGAGAAGGAGCAACUGAGAAAAGACUACCAAAACCCUAUAUUUUCAUCUUUUUUUUAUCAGACAAGGUCCGUCCUAUUUUCUUUCAUAUCCGUACCCUUUGUUUUCUUUUUUAUGUUCUUGAAUUUUCCUUUUCACAUAUAGCUUCUGAUAUGGCAAAGCAAAGUAGCUGAAUAUUUUUGCUUUCAUUAGAAAAGCCUUAUUCUAUAUAUAUAUAUAUAUAGAGAGAGAGAGAGAGAGAGAGAGAGAGAGACUACACUUGUAUAUAUAUAUAUUGAUUUGAAAAAACGAAAGAGAGAGAAAACAUGAUGUGUGGGAAGAAAGAAGAUGAAGCAGCUGCAGCAGAGUGUUCUCAAACUAUCCAAAGCUUUCAAGAACAGCAAUUUCUUCUCCAUCAACAUCACCAACAACAGAUGCACCAAAACCACCAACACCACCAACAACACCAACAACAACAGCACCAAUUGAUAUUCCCUGAAGUUCCACCAAUCUUGCAACCAUGGUCAAUCCCUCCGGUUCAUUCUUUUAACCCGGCACACUUUGUUUCCGCGAACCCGGUUCAUCAUAGAGACCAUCAUCAUGAUCCAUUUCUUGUACCUCCUCCUCCAGUACCAGUGCCAUCAUAUGCUGCUAGUUUGUUCAAUAGGAGACCUCCUUCAUUACAGUUCACGUAUGAUGGCUCAUCCACUUCCGACCACCUAAGGAUCAUUUCCGACACACUUGGACCCGUUGUUCAUCAUCAACAAACUGGUUCUGCGGCUGCUGUUCCUUUUGGUCUCCAAGCUGAGUUGGGUAAAAUGACUGCUCAAGAAAUUAUGGAUGCUAAAGCUCUUGCCGCUUCUAAAAGUCAUAGUGAAGCUGAAAGGAGGAGAAGAGAGAGAAUCAAUAAUCAUCUUGCUAAGUUGCGCAGCUUAUUACCAAGCACCACCAAAACGGACAAAGCUUCAUUGCUAGCAGAAGUAAUCCAACAUGUUAAAGAACUCAAACGUCAAACUUCAUUAAUAGCAGAAACAAGUCCAGUGCCAACCGAAAUGGACGAACUAAUAGUCGAUGAGGAAGCAUCUGAAGAAGACGGUAGGUUUAUAAUCAAAGCCUCGCUUUGCUGCGAAGACCGUUCGGAUCUUUUACCUGAUCUUAUCAAGACAUUAAAAGCAAUGCGCUUGAAAACAUUGAAAGCCGAGAUAACCACACUCGGUGGACGAGUAAAGAAUGUGUUAUUCAUCACCGGUGAUCAAGAAGAUUCAAGUUGCGGCGAAGAACAAGAUCAUGAUCAACCUCAUCAACAACAAAGCCAAUAUUGUAUAAGUUCAAUCCAAGAAGCGCUUAAAGCUGUUAUGGAGAAGACAGGUGGAGAUGAGUCUUCUACUGGAAGUGUUAAGAGACAAAGGACUAAUAACAUCAACAUCCUUGAACAACAACACAGGUCUCUUUGAUAUAUAUAUUUUUUUUAAAAAAAUUGAUAAAUGUUUUUUUUUUAAUUUUUUUUUUUACUUUUUGUUUUUCGGUUAUUUCUUGUGCGUGUGGUUUUUUGUUUUUUGUUUUUUUUUGUUUUUUUUUUUUUUUGGCGUGUCUUAUAUGUUUAUGUAUUGUUCCACGGGAAGAACAAAUAGGUAAUGAUGGUUGUGGUUUUUUGUACUUGCAUUUUCUCCAAAACUAUAGGUGAGAGAGAGAAAGAGAGAGAUAUUGAUUAUGUUUGUCUGUUAGGAAAAGAGAAAAGAAAGAGAAGGAAAAAAAAAAAAAAAAAAAAAAAGAAAAGAGUGAAGGAUAUCUUUUUCGUGAGGAGAGAAACCUUAUAUAAAGACCGAAGAUAGAAAAAUCCGGACUUGAUUAAAUAGCUCUUUUUUUUCUUUUCUUUUUUUUUUUCUUUUUUUCUUUUCUGAUCCUAUUUGAACUCAAAGUUCGCAGAGUCUCUCAGCUGGGUUUUUGGUUUGGUUUUUGUUUUUUAGUGUCUUUUUUUUUUUUUUCCGUCUUUUCUUUUUCUCUUUCCUCAGAGAAACUGGUGGGGAUAUUUGUAGUUAUUCAUUAGAAUGGUGACGAAUGUAGUUUCUCAUCAUUUGCUGCAUUACGUCCUCACCAGAGCCAGCUAGGCUUUAACUUAACAGCUAUAUAUCACCAUCACCAUCUUCUUCUUUCACAAUUAAUAUCCCUCUCCUCACUGGUUUUCAGAAAAAUGCAAAUUGCAAAACCCUAAUCAGGAAUGCAUGAUGAUGAUGAUGAUGCAUAUGUUCAGUACUGUCACGAGAAUAUCUCAGUACCCAUCUAUCUAUUUGACUAAUUUAUUAGGAACUCAAUGUGUAUAUAUAUAUAUAUUGUAUUUCACCGUUUCGGUUUCUUGGAUUUUCCCUUCUAUAUUUUAUUUUAUUUUA